UCGUGGUCGCGCUCUUUCGGCGGGGCUCCCGCAGGAGGAUGGUGUCCGUAGCCCGGCAGCCCUCGGCGGGCCGCGGGGCGGGUCCGUAGCUGGUGCGGGGUGGUGCCCUCUGCCGCGAUCGGGAGCCGGAGGCGGCGGGCGCCGGGCGCCGCGCCAAGCGCCCGCGCGCCCCUCUUCCUCUCGCUCUCCAUGGACGGGGGAGCGGGGGGCGGCCCGGGGGCGCCCGGCGCCGAGAGCCCCAACCGGGCCGUGGAGUACCUGCUGGAGCUCAACAACAUCAUCGAGAACCAGCAGAAGCUGCUGGAGACGCAGCGGCGCCGGAUCGAGGAGCUGGAGGGGCAGCUGGAGCAGCUGAGCCAGGAGAACCGGGACCUGCGCGACGGCGAGAGGGACCGAGAGCGGCACCGCGACGGGCAGUACCACCACAAGGAGAGAGAGAGCCACUACCAGAACCGCGCCGAGCGGGACGGGCAGUAUCCCAACCGGGAGACCCGCCCGGAGCGGGAGGUGCAGUACCCCAACCGCGCCGACCGCGAGAGCCAGUACCAAAGCCGAGCGGAGCGGGAAGGGCAGAACCCCUAUCCGAACCGGGACAAGGAGCGCGAGCUACAGCACUAUGGAAACCGGGACGGCGGGCAGUACCCGAACCGGGAGAGCCACUACCGGGAAGCCUGCCAGCUGCAUCGAGAGCGGCCCCCGCAGUGCCACCCGGCGCGCGAGAAGGAGCACGAGUACCCCCGGCCCCCCCGGGAGCGGGAGCGGGGGCAGCUGAGCCGGGGGGCGUCGCGGAGCUCCAGCCCGGGAGCCGGAGGGGGCCACAGCACCAGCGCCAGCACCAGCCCGGCCACCACGCUGCAGAGAAAGUCGGAUGGGGAAAAUUCAAGAACUGUCAGCGUGGAAGGAGACCCGCCUGGAAGUGAGGCAGGCACUAUUAUAGUGGACAGCCUGGGCAGUCAGCCUACAUAUCGUUGUACCCCUGAGGUGACCAAGAUUGAGCACUACGAUUUGGCACCCUCUUCAUCGUCCUCCUCUGUCUGUCACACUCCAUCACCAGGCAUUCCGUGGGCUCAGCGUGCUCGGCUGCAGCCAGCCAGUGUGGCGCUGAGAAAGCAGGAAGAGGAAGAGAGCAAGCGUUCCAAGGCACUGUCAGACAGCUAUGAGCUCUCGACAGACCUCCAGGACAAAAAGGUGGAGAUGCUGGAGCGGAAGUAUGGGGGCUAUUUCCUGAGCCGACGAGCAGCUCGCACCAUCCAAACAGCCUUUCGCCAGUAUCGCAUGAACAAGAAGUUUGAGCGUCUGCGAAGCUCAGCCUCUGAGAGCCGCAUGUCCCGGCGCAUUAUCCUCUCCAACAUGCGGAUGCAGUACUCCUUUGAGGAGUUCGACAAGGCCCAGAAUGCCCCUUACUUUGAAGGCAAGCCAGCCUCACUGGAUGAGGGGACCAUGGCCGGUGUUCGACCUCAUCUGCUGGACCGUGGCCUACCCUACGGUGGCUCCUGUCGGGCUGGCUUGGAUGGCAGCUCCCUGCAUUCCUCUUCUGGAGGCUUUUGCAAUGACAUCACUGAGCUAGAGGACUCCUUCUCCAAGCAGGUGAAGUGUUUGGCAGAGUCGAUUGACGAAGCGUUGAACUGCCACCCACUGGGACAGGAGGGAGGGGCUGGCGGACCUUCCUUGGAAAAGAGUGAGUCCAAGGAGCAGCAGGGGGACAGUGCUGCCACCUCAUUCAGUGAUGUAACGCUGUACCUGGAUGAAGGAGCUCCCACGUCACCCAUCUCUCUGGAGCGCCCACCCAGCACUGACCCACCUGAGCCCACCACCGUGCCAAUCCCACCACCACCACGGCCAGAGUACUGGGGUGGGCCACAGCGAGAGGACAGCCGCGAGAACGGUGGCAGCCGACGCAGCACACCUUGUAUGGAAUGCAGGGACUAUCGAUUACGCGGGGCCCAUCUCCCGUUGCUCACCAUCGAGCCUCCCAGCGACAGCUCAGUGGAUCUAAGCGACCGCUCCGAUCGAGGUUCUCUCAAUAGGGGUCUCAUAUUUGAGCAAGAUGGUUGCAGUCCCCAUGGCACCCUCAAGCACGCUGGCGGACCCACCCGUUCCCCACACCCACACCGGCAUUAUCACCCUGAACAAAACCAGCCACCCCCACCUCUGCCAAUACCUCCCCCUCAAGUCCCUGGGCGCCUGCCCCCACCUCCGCCGCCGGACAACUCUGAUGGGGACAACGACAGCCUCAACAGCACCACCAACUCCAACGAGACCAUCAACUGCAGCUCGGGCUCCUCCUCCCGCGACAGCCUGCGCGACCCUCCCCCGCCUGCCCCAGCUGCCUCCUCGGCUCCCGGGGGGCCCUGCAAACAGACCUACCAGCGGGAGACGCGGCACAGCUGGGACUCUCCUGCCUUCAACAACGAUGUUGUGCAGCGUCGCCAAUACCGCAUCGGCCUCAAUCUCUUCAACAAGAAACCAGAGAAGGGAAUCCAGUAUUUGAUUGAGAGAGGCUUCCUGUCAGACACACCGGUUGGCGUGGCACGCUUUAUCCUGGAGCGGAAAGGGCUGAGCCGGCAGAUGAUUGGUGAAUUUCUUGGCAACCGGCAGAAGCAGUUCAACCGGGACGUACUGGAUUGUGUGGUAGACGAGAUGGACUUCUCCAACAUGGACUUGGAUGAUGCAUUGCGAAAGUUCCAGUCUCACAUUCGGGUGCAAGGCGAGGCACAGAAAGUGGAGCGCCUCGUUGAGGCCUUUAGCCAGCGCUACUGUGUGUGCAAUGCCCCCUUGGUGCGCCAGUUCCGGAAUCCAGACACUAUCUUCAUCUUGGCUUUUGCCAUCAUCCUCCUUAAUACCGACAUGUACAGCCCCAGUGUCAAGGCGGAGAGGAAGAUGAAGCUGGAUGACUUCAUCAAAAAUUUGCGAGGGGUAGAUAACGGCGAGGACAUUCCCCGUGACCUGCUGGUAGGGAUUUACCAGAGAAUUCAGAGUCGGGAGCUGCGCACCAAUGAUGACCACGUCUCUCAGGUCCAAGCGGUGGAGCGAAUGAUUGUGGGCAAAAAGCCGGUUCUCUCUUUGCCCCACAGGCGCCUGGUUUGCUGCUGCCAGCUGUAUGAGGUCCCUGACCCCAACCGGCCACAGAGGCUUGGGCUGCACCAGAGGGAGGUCUUCCUGUUCAACGAUUUGUUAGUGGUGACAAAGAUAUUCCAGAAGAAGAAGAUCCUUGUGACCUACAGUUUCCGCCAGAGCUUCCCUCUUGUUGAGAUGCAGUUGCAGCUCUUCCAGAAUUCAUAUUACCAGUUCGGGAUUAAACUGCUCUCGGCUGUUCCUGGUGGGGAGAGGAAAGUCCUGAUCAUCUUCAAUGCCCCCAGCCUGCAGGAUCGGUUGCGCUUCACCAGUGACCUGCGGGAAUCCAUUGCUGAAGUGCAAGAGAUGGAGAAGUACCGUGUGGAAUCGGAGCUAGAGAAGCAAAAAGGAGUGAUGCGCCCCAAUGCCUCCCCCUCAUCUGGGCCCAAGGAUGCCGUGAAUGGGACCCUGACUCGCAGUAGCCUGGAGGAUGCCUACACUGUGGGAGAAGGGCUGAAGCGGAGUGCCCUCAGCAGCUCCCUUCGGGACCUCUCUGACGCUGGCAAGCGGGGCCGCCGUAACAGCGUGGGAUCCUUGGACAGCACAAUUGAAGGGUCUAUUAUUAGCAGCCCACGCCCCCACCAGAGAGGGCCACCGCCUCCCCCUCCCGAGGAGUACAAGCCCCAGCCUCGGCCCCCCUCAAACUCCUCGUCUUUCCUGGGCUCCCUUUUCGGCAGCAAGCGUGGGAAGGGCCCCUUCCAGACGCCCCCCGGCCAGGCCUCCGCCUCCUCCUCCUCGGCCUCCUCCUCGCACCACCACCACCCUCAUCACAGCCACCCCUCCCUCCCAGACGGCAGCCAGUCCAAGCUGCAGGCCCUCCACGCCCAGUACUGCCACGGCCCCUCGGCCCAGCCCCCGCCUCCCUACCCCCAGCAGCCCCCUCCGCCCCAGCAGCCGGCCCCGCCCCCGCCCCCGCUCGCCCUGCCCGCCAACCCCCUGCCGCCCCAGCUCCAGCGCUACCACCACUCCCAGCAGCCCCCGCUCUCCGCCCCGCCGCAGAAGCAGGCCGUCCCCGCUUUCCCCACCCCGCAGCCCCACCACCACUACACCCUCGGCCGGCCCGUCCAGCAGAAGCGCGCCCACCAGAUGGCUGCUGCUGCUGCCGCCGCCGCCGCCUCCCAGCACCCCCCUUUCCUCCAUGGGCGCCAGCCCACCUCGCCGCUGCCCCUGUACAGCCCUGCCCCCCAGCAUGCCCUGGCCCACACUUACCCCCAGCAGCUGCAUCAGUCGGGGGUCAGCGGGCAGCACACGCUGCAUAGGCCCCAGGCCCCAAAGCACUUUAUCUUCAGCCACCACCCUGCCCAGCUCAUGCAGCGGCCGCCUCCGCCCGCCGGUAUGGGGCCCUACCCGGGACACCACGGCCACCCUGCGCAGCAGCACCAUGGCCCGCCUCCCAUGCCCGCUCCCCAUUCCCCCAUCCCCCCGCACCCUUCCUACCCGCCCCUCCCGCCUCCGUCCCCUCACACGCCCCUCAGUCCCCACUCUCCAGCUGCCCCCACCUCCCCCCUGCCCCAGCACAUCGCCAUGCACCAGGGGGGCCCUCAAGCCAUGCCCUCCCAAGGGCCCCCCAACCCGAAACAGAAGCCGGUGAACAGAAUCAGCACCGUUGUGUGA